AUGGCGCUGCAGUUGUUCUUCACGGUAGCUUUCUCGGCCGCGCCUUUGACUCUGUACAUACCGCCUGUGAGGAGCUUGAAUCUGUUUGUCGAGAUGAUGGAGGAGAUGGUGAGGGAGUCCAGGCUCUACACGAUCCGCUACUACCCACGAGCCAGGAACGUCUGGUCAAGGCUCUGGAACAGAUUCCUCUGCAAUUUCAGGUUGAGUUCAACUGCUACUACUACCAGAUAG